AUGGCCAUUUAUGCUUCUCAACUCUCGCUCUCGAAUCCACAAAAACAAUCUGACGAAAUUCUCGUACUUGAAUCCAUUUUUGGCUCGGAGAAGUUUCGUCAUCUAGAUGCUGAUGAACAACAAUAUGAAAUCUGCGUUGAAUUCGAUUUGCCUUCGGCAUUCACUGUGCAACUUCAUUCCUCUUCUAUUUCCUCACCAAUCAAAUAUCUUCCCCCUUUAACUUUGACCGUUCAACUGCAUGAUCAAUAUCCAUCAGAUUUCAGUCCCACAUUUGCCUUGUCGUGUUUUUAUAUGUCUAAAAGACAAUUGCACGAACUGUGUCAGAAACUGGAUGCAAUUUUCAAAGAAAGUGAAGUAGUGAUUUAUCAAUGGACUGAAAUAAUUAAAGAAGAUGUUUGUUCCAAAACUGAGCUCGUAUUAGACAGUGCGACGAAAGACGAUGAUCAAAAGUAUGAUGAUCCUCGUGCAAUAUCCUCGCACUCCUCUUGUCCAAUCGGUGAAAUUUAUCAGCAAUUGCUCGACUAUAAUCGUCAGAAAUUAGCCGAUGAAUUUCAGCGUUCUUAUCAUCAGUGUUUGAUCUGUACUGAUGACUUUCCUGGGUCGAAAUUUCUUUGUCUUCUCAAAUGUCAGCAUUAUUUUUGUCAACAAUGUCUUUUGGAUUAUGCGAGAAUGCACAUUCAAGCGGGGACCGUUGAACAGUUAACAUGUCCAGAUUCGACAUGCAACCUUUCAUUACUGCCAACCGAAGUUAAAGAAAUAUUAACACAUGAUCAAGAUGGAGAAAAACUGUAUGAGAAAUAUGAACGAUUGACAUUACAAAAAAGUUUAGAACAUAUGACUGAUAUUGUAUGGUGUCCGAGGUAA